AUGAUACUCUUCCGUCUCGCCAACAACAUUACAACAAACAGAAAAGUCGCUCAACCGCCCGGUAAUCUCUACGCUGAAUCGGUGCAAUACGGAAGUAGGAAUAUUGAACGCAACAGAGAAGGUACCAUUAAUACAUGGUUCACAAACGAGGAUUAUAUAAAUAAUGGAAGGGUCGACGAUGAUGACGAAUCUUUCGAGGAGAUACCACGAAAGCGUGUUAGAGUUCGAGUACCCGUUGUGCGUAGCAGAACUGCUAGACAACAUAAGUUUACGGUUGUUCGACGCAGACCCUUGACAUCUCGCACCAAAGAUCUCGCGUACGUUACGUCUACCACGCAUGCACCACGGAGAAUCGUAGUGACGCGUGUCAGAACUCUCGGAUCGGUCGACUCGAUUUAUUCGACCGACACACCGGCAGACUAUGGAAAUUACCAGCCUACUGGUUUUGGAAAGCACAAAGUAACUAUAACAAGACGUAGAAAGCUUCAACCUACGCCAACGCCAACUAAAAAUAAAGUUAGAGUGACCAGGAAGAAAUUAGUCGCGGUGCGUCCGAUACUACCGACGUCGACUUUUGCCAUUAUUACCACUGGAUUCUUCACCGCGCCUUCUUCCGCAUAUGAUGAAUAUUCAGAAGAACAUGAGGAAGAGCACGAGAGCGAGAUUGUUAGAGGAAAGGAUCAUUCCGCUGUUACGCCCAGUCUCGAAGAAACGCCGAAUCUUAUUGACAAUAAACCUGACGAGGAGGCGAGUAUUGUAUCGUUGGAUGCCAGUUCUACUAAAUCUGAAGAAGGCACAUCAAACACGGCAGUGAUUAUCACCGACAAUUUCUUUUUCCCUGCGUCUGACGACGAGGGAGACGAAGAAUACGAAGAUGACUACAACGACACGACUACUACUACUGAAAAUGUAAAUAAAAUCACAGUUUUAAUGAAGGAUGAGCAUCCUAGAAUUUCUCACAAGGACGAGGAUAAUAUUGUGUCUAAUAAGAGCGAUGUUGAGAAUGACAAUAUUACUGUAACGACAACACCGAUCAGCCAAACUACACUAACAAAUCUGCCCGAGGAGCAAACAAUAAAAACGCCUCAAGAAUCCGAUAAUGCAUCGAUAAAUAUAACGGAAUCGAUCGCUUUGAAAGACAUCAAUAAUACAAAAUUAUCAACGAAGACCAUCGUAAACGAAGAAGUACCAACUACUGAACUUACUCGUAUUAAAGAAGAUGGCGAUGAUAAAUUAGCAGCAAAAGAGCAGACCUCUACCACUGCCACUCCUGAAGAGCAAACUACUUUCAUGGAGGAUACCACUAAAUUAAAUGUGUUCGAUGAAUCUACGAGCAUCCCCGAUAAAGAAAACAUUACGACGGAAGGUAAAGGACAGGAAACAACCUCAGCUCCUGAAGAGUCUACAGAACGUAGCGCGAUACCAGAAACAAUCAACGAGAACCCAGAAGAAAUAUUAACAGUGCGACCUAUUCAACCAGAUGUCAUAACUGACUCUAAUUCGACCCAGAUUUCUCUAAUCGGAACGGUCCUUCCAUCUGAUAUCGCGAUCGCGCCGAGUUUUGAGAGCGUUAUACCGCUCGAGACUACAAAGUCACCGACUCGCGAUACCGAUUCGUCAACUUAUCUCGACGAUUCGUACGUACCCAGCGUGAUACCCCUUGGCGCAAAUUACACCCGCGAAACAAAGUCCUCGUCGGUCACCGCAAUCUCCGCACCCGCGACGAAAGUCACGAGCGAGAUCGCUUCGCCUACACCAGAGGAGAUCGAGGCCGGGCUAGCGGAUGAUCUUUAUCUGUCGUUGUCUCGCCUCGAUUUCCCCGAGAUCUUACCGUCGAAAUCAGAUACGGUCGAUCUAGAGACUAAAUUCACACCGGAUCUCGCGCUGGAGCCCAGCACGAGCGUUUAUUACACGGAGACGGUAGUGACGUCGACGCGACUGAGGACGUAUACUUAUGUGGUGACGCAACUUAACGGACUGGAGACUAAAGUGACGUCGUCGACGACCGUACGACCGAGAGUGACGACACUUACGUUGACGGUGCCGGUCACGGUGACUGUCACUCCUACCGUGGAGUCGUCAGCCGGCUUCGUAUCAUCUGUGUAUAAUCCAGUACCCGUUGCCGGAGAAUACGAGGCGAAGGAUGAGGAAGAAGGGCGCAGGUUCAAUUUAGCGACCCGCGUAAUGUCGAAUGGCGUGGAAGUCAUUGUCGCCGGGCCAACUCCGGCUCUACGAUGGGAAAAUUCGAAUCCUCAACCUACCCUCACCUUAUAA